UUAUUAUUAUACAGCCAUCUACGUUUUCCUUAUAUCGAUAUGUUGUAACAAUAACAUAAUGGCUCCAGUGCCUACUAUUCAGAAUCAGAAGGGAAAGCAGGAUGGAAGAAGUGGGCGUGGUGGAACAAUAGAAAGAACUGGACUGGUUACAAGAGUUAAAUAUUGUAAAUUACCAGAUAUUCCUUUUGAUCCCAAAUUCAUAUGCUACCCGUUUGAAGCAAAUAGAUUCGUUGAAUACAAACCAACAACACUAGAAAAACUUCAUAAAAUUGAUCUUCAUACUGAUCAUGACUUGGGUGUGAUGAUUGAUUUAAUAAACCCCGAUACAUAUAAAGUUGAUUUGAAAGAUACUCUUGAUCCAGCUGAUGAGGCUUUGCUGGAAGAAGAUCUUCCGGCUCCACAGGAUUCAAAACGUUCUAAACAACACAGUAUCAAUGUUUCUUGGUUAAGAAGAAGUGAGUACAUUUCACAAGAGUUUAAUCGAUACGGAGCCAAUAACACUAAUGUGGAAACGCGUCUAGGGGCCGGUAUAAAGGAACUCUUCAAAGACGAUGAUUUGUAUAAAGACAGGGAUAGUCAAAUUGCGGCUAUUCAGAAAACGUUUGAAGAUGCAAAAACUGAUAUCAAAAAGCAUUAUAGUAAGCCGAAUGUAUAUCCUGUUGACGUUCUUCCUAUUUAUCCAGAUUUCAAAAUGUGGCAACAUCCCAGUGCACAAGUUAUAUUUGAUACUGAUCCUGCUGUAAAAGGUAGUUCUCCGCAGCAGCAAAUCCAAGAAAUGUCACAGGCUAUGAUCAGAGGUAUGGUAGAUGAAGAAGGAGAUCAAUUUGUCGCUUAUUUCUUGCCAACGAGUGGUACUCUGAAAAAACGAGAACAAGACAAUGAAGAAGGCAUGGAUUACAAUCCAGAAGAGCUCUACGAUUAUAAACUUGCAAGGGAAUAUAACUGGAACGUUAAAAAUAAAGCAUCAAAAGGUUACGAAGAAAACUAUUAUUUUGUAAUGAGAGAAGAUGGUGUUUACAAUGAAUUAGAAACGAGAGUGCGACUUAGUAAACGAAGAGCAAAGGGAGGAGGUGGACUGCAAUCUGCUACGAAUGCAGUCCUUGCUGUCCACCAUCGUGAACUAAACGACCAAGAACUUGCAGCUCAAGAAAUGCGAAGGAUGCAGUUGGAACCAUUAGAAGCUGAUGAAGAUUUUGAUGAGAAACAGGAUGAUGAACUGGAAGAAGAAGAUGGAGAUGAAAAAUUAGAAGGAGAAUCUUCAGCUGAAGAGGGAGAGAAAGAAUCUCAAGAGGAAGGUGGAGAAGAGGGUGAAGAAGAAGAAGAAGCAGCAGGAUCCUCGGAAUCAGAAAGUGAAGAUAAAAAAGAAACCACUACACAAGAUGAAGAGGAAGAAGAUGCAAGUGAGCACAGUGAAGAGGAAGUUGAAGAAAAGAAGGCAGAAUCAUCAUCAGCUUCUUCAAGUGAUGAAAAUGAACAAGGAGAAGAGGAAGGAGAGAAUCGUCAAGCUCAAGAAAUAUUUGGAAGUGAAAGUGACUCAUCUGGAUCUGAUUCAGACUAAUGUUUUUUGAGCAAUAUGUAUAGUGCAGCGAUAUACAUAAUGUAAUCAUUUGAUGGAAAAAUUGGCUCUGAGCAUCUACUGAUAUCUAAGGGGCCACUAUUCUUUUUGGUUCUGCAUUGCCUACCUAAUUUAUAACAUCUUAGUGGACUGCCAGGCAUGGAAUUUGAACCUAAGUGAUCCUGCAAUGACAACACACUUAGGUCAAAUGCUU